AAGGAAAGAAGGACAAGACCCAGGUAAGUUCCUCUUUAAUGUCCAAUCAGAGCACAGCAGAAAAAAGUGUUUUUCUUUGAAUGAAGAGACACUGACUUUGAUCGGAUGAUUAGUUUUAAUUGUUCAGAAUCAGAAUCAGAAUCGUCUUUAUUGCCAUGUAAGUGAAGAGGUUUCACAUUACUAGGAAUUUGUCUUGGUUCAAGUGUUCAGUGUGAAUCACAGACACACACAGAGCAGGUGAGGUGGACUAAAACAUGAUUUCAGCUUUCUGCACAGUGAGAUAAGAAUAUGUCGAGCAUUGUGUGGGAGUUGCAGUGGGCGGAGCAGAAGAGCUGCUCAGCUGCUGAGAGCCAGAGCGCUCUGGAGGAGACAGACAGAGCGCUCUGACGGCGCUCUGGAAGAGGUACAUAGGAAGUUCUCGCCUGCGGUUUCUCGUUAGCUUACGGCCAAUGAACUGUAAAGUCUUGAAGCCAAUAAAUUCUUGUGCAAGUAGCAUGAGACGAACAGUCACUUUGCCCUCUGUGCAAACAUAGUGUGAAGGUUCAUGUGAGUUGAGAUGAAGGAUACGACAACACUAUAUUACAACAAAGCAUCUGUUAAAUUCUUAUAGCUUCAACUAAUAAAGUCAAAGUUACAUCCUCUUACGCAUGUCACAUCUUCUUCCAAAUGAACCCUGAACAGAAACAUGUCAGACGACAGAAACAAAAAAGAGGAAGAGGAGGAGGAUGAGGAGGAGGAAGUGACCUGCCAGCCCCUCCCCCCUGCCCCCUCCUCCAUUGCCAUGGAGACAAUGAAGCGGCAGGACCUAGUGUGUAUUGUGUGCUUUGGUAGCUACGACCUGAUGACACGGUUGCCACGGCGACUGCACUGUGGACAUGCCUUCUGCCAGGCGUGUCUAAAGAGACUGGACACGGUCAUCAACGAACAGGUGUGGAUCCCAUGUCCACAGUGUCGACAGAACACUCCUCGACCCAGAGGAGGAGCGGCAGGUCUGGACCUGGACUUGGUCUCCUUCCUGGGAGUGAAGGCUCAGCAGGCCUGCACCUCCUCCUGCUCCCUGUCCUCCUGUAGCUCUGGCCGCAGGCAGGGGAUGCCGGUUGGAGGCGUGGCGACAGACGGGAAGCUGUGGCUGGGGAAGGAGGUCACUGAGGACAGCUGGUCACAUGGAGGCCUGGCUGAGCCACGCUUCCAUCGCUAUGGCACCUGUUGCCCACAGCCGUCCUUUUGGCUCUGCUGCUGGUUCUGCUGUCCGGGGAGGGGCUAGGACUGACCAAUGAGUCUGCUGAUUUUAGCCGCUUUCUGAUGAGGUUCCAGUAUAAUUAACAUGUGAUGACUUACGCAAGUUUCAUAAUUUAAUCAAAUUUAGAAGCAAACACUGAAGACACAUUACAAGUCAAGGUUAUGCAUUCAGAUGCUACCUGUGUAAAGACCAACGUAAGUGUUAACCCACAAGUCAAAUCAAAUUGAUUUACAACUGAUGAGUUAUUGUACUUAUAAUGAUAAUAAUAAUAUUCAGUUAAACCUAAGAACCAGUGUGUUUCCAUUACCUUGGAGUCUUUUUUAUACAGAGAGAGAUGCACUUCUUCCUCAGAGUCUGCCAUGUUUCUACAAUAGCCCA